AUGUCGUGCCCAGAUUGUUUUAGCGGUCAUGUUCACCAAGGCACGCCGCGUGGUGAAGUCACCUCUCUCCAUGGCUUACAAGCCUACACGACCAAACCACUAAAUGAUGUGCCUCACCGGGGCAUUAUCAUCAUAGUGCCCGAUGCCUUCGGCUGGGAGUUCGUGAACAACCGAAUACUGGCCGACAACUACGCCGAAAAGGGGAACUAUCUCGUUUAUCUUCCUGAAUUCAUGAACGGACAUGCGGCCCCUGCCAGUAUGAUGUCUUCCACAAAAGAGCUGCUUAAGACGAGUGGGUUGGUAACCUGGCUUAUGAAGCCAUACUAUCUAGCCUCAACACUGACUAAAAUUCUACCCUUCAAGUAUUACAAUACGUUCGGGGUAUCAUGGCCUAUCGUCAGGGACUUCUUCAAGUCCGUACGUGAGAACGAAGGCGCCGAGCUUCCUAUCUACGGAGCUGGUUUCUGCUGGGGUGGAAAGCAUAUCGUCAAUCUAGCUGCUGGGGCAGACAUUGCCUCGAAUGGUAAACCACUGCUUAAUGCUGGGUUUACGGGCCAUCCGAGUUUUCUCGAGAUCCCUAGUGAGAUUGAGAAGAUCAAUAUUCCUGUUAGUUUUGCGCUUGGGGACAAAGACAUGGUUGUGAAACCUGCACAAAUUGAGCAGAUCAAACAAGUCUUCGCCAGCACUUCUGGUGCUGGAAAAGGAGAAGUGGUGGUUUACGAGGGUGCCGGCCAUGGCUUUUGUGUCAGGGCUGAUCUUGUCCAGGACGAUGCGAGUAAACAGGCAGAUGAAGCGGAGAACCAGGCACUGGCCUGGUUCAAGAAGUAUUGA